AUGGCUCUGCGUCUGGGGGCUCUUCUGCUUGGACUGGGCAUCGCGCCUGCCAAUGCCGGUUCGCUGAAGGAUAUUCACCAUGUAGUCAUCUUUAUGCAAGAGAAUCGGGCUUGGGAUACAUACUUUGGCACUAUGGCUGGCGUGCGAGGCUUCAACGAUCCAAAUGUUCAAGUCAAUGACGACAAUCUGCCUGUCUGGCACCAAAAAGUUGAUCCAUCAAUGUCAAAUAAGACCACUUCUCUACUGCCUUGGUACCUGGGCUACCAAGGUGGAAACUCAACAGAUGCCAUCCAGUGUAUGGCUGCCGGAGAUAAUGGCUACCAGGACAAUCAGGCAGCUCUCAAUGGUGGGUUAAACAACCACUGGGCUCGCAACAACACUCCUUGGAGCUGGGGUUAUCUGAAACGAAGCGAUGUUCCUAUCCAUUUUGCCAUUGCAGAGGGUUGGACCUCCGGUGACAUGUAUCAGGAAUCUCAAAUCACUGCCACUAAUCCCAAUCGAGUGACUCUCGUUAGUGGCUCUGUGAACGUGCCUGGUGGCCCGCAGAAUGCUAGCCAAGGUGGUGUCUACAUUGAUAAUAAUGAAGUGCCAGGAUGUGAUAGCAAUGGUAUCAAUUGCUACCCCCUCAAAUGGAAGACGAUAUACGAAUUCUAUGAAGAGGCUGGUAUCUCAUGGCAACUGUAUCAAGACACUAACAACUUCGACGACAACCCUCUCGCAUGGUUUCAACAGUUCCAGAAGGCCAACUCUUCAUCCCCUCUUGCUAAGAAGGGAAUGUCCUACACUGGGCUAGAUGCAUUCUACGAAGCCGCGGCCAAUGGUACUCUACCAGAAGUUAGCUUCAUUGUUGGGCCGGCAGAACUAUCAGAGCACCCUCCGUAUCAGCCCAAGGAUGGUGCUUGGUUGCAGAAGAAGGUCGUUGAUGCCGUCACUUCAAGCCCCAAGUACGCUUCAACCCUUUUAAUGAUCAGCUACGAUGAGACUGGAGGAUUUGGAGACCACGUCACUCCAUUUCACUCACCCAAAGAUACUCCUGGAGAAUGGAUGGAAGACCCUCUUGGAUACUUCGGUGAUGUGUUUGUGGGACCUGGCUUCCGUGUACCCUUCUAUAUGAUCUCUCCCUGGACGCGAGGCAAUCGUGUCUUCACCGAGCGGGCAGAUCACAACUCCCAGAUUCUGUUUGUAGAACAGUGGCUUACAGCUAGAGGAUAUAAGAAUGUCCAGACCGAUCAGAUGGUGACUUGGCGCCGAGAACACAUGUCUAACCUUGUCAACGCCCUGGAUUUUGACAAUCCCAACUACUCCAUUCCAGAAAUCCCAGAUGCCGAAACUCCCGAGACCACCAGUGACGGUGUCUACAUCGGUUCAUCCGUCUGCCAGUCCACAUAUAAUCCCCAACGACCAACAGUCCCAUACGGCAAUCAGAACGAUACCGAAAAUACGCUCUACUUCGAAGAUGGUUUCAAGGAGGUAGUUGGCUACCUAACCGAGGGCCGCUACCUAGUUUUCGAGAAGAGCGGGUCAGCAAUAACAAAUAAAGGCCAAGACAACAAACUGACCACGACUUCCGCCACUGAUAAUCAUGAAGAUAAAUCUCAGCGCUGGAUCAUCCAUUACUCAAAAGACGAAGAAAACGAACUCUUCAAAGUCUCCAGUGCCCUUGAUGGCCGCUGGUUAGGACCGAACGGCUCCUUGGCGGACGCUUCAAACAGCGACAAUGCCGAGUUUGUGCGCAUCAAAUUCCUUGGGAAUGGCCAUGGCUAUUCUUUGCAAUAUGCCAAUGGCAAGUAUAUAGAGGUUUACGGCCAAGGGAACUUGAAAUUGACUGAGAAAGAAGCUUCGAGGGGCUUCAAGGUGUAUAGCGUAAGUUAUCAUGACUGA